GCAGGCGACCGGCCAUUGUUUGGCAAAGUGGGUCUUAACCCUAAUCUUCUCGCUCAUUCGCUCACUCUAAUUCUCUUUCUCUCUCUAAAAUAAUCAUACUUUUCGUUUUGUCCUGCACCACUUUCCCUAUAAAUCCAUCUUCCAUUCCCCUUGUUUCCAUUCUCAUUCUUCUCUCUUUCUCUCUGUAAAACACCAACCCUUGGAAUUCUGCUCUUUCUCUCUCUAACACUAACUCCUUUACACACAUGGGUUUUCCUUCAGUGAGCUAUGACAUAACAAUCUCGAAGCCUCUCUUACACCUGCUGUAUCUAAUGGCGUAUAUCAGGUUAAAAAUCUCAUGGGUCCUCUUCCGAAUUGGUCUCGCAGAUGAUUGGGAAGAGGAUCUCUCUCUUAACGACAUCUACCCUAACAUUCCUCCAACCCCCACUUCUCAUCGUCGAUUUUGCCCCCCUUCUGAUUUGAUAAAAUCUAAGCUUGCGGUGGUUGAAUAUGAAGAAAAAGAUGAAGAAUCAGACUGUGUAGUUUGUUUGAAUUCUUUGGAGAGAGGGCAAAAAGUGAGAGAGCUUUGCAAUUGCAAGCAUGUGUUUCAUAGAGUCUGUCUGGAUAAAUGGGUAGAUCUAGGGCAAACUACUUGCCCACUGUGUAGAUCCUCUCUCUUGCCUGCCAUUACAGGGGAGAGAAAGGACUCAUGGUUAGUGGAUAGAAUUUCUUAUCUUUUUGGUGAGGAUUUAGGAAUAGAGGGAUAUUUGGAAGCUUGAGAAUAAGGGUUUGUGAGAAGUGUGUACAUAGAUAAGUGAGAGAUGGGGGAUUCAUAUUUCUUUUACAGGAUUUUCAGAUUGUGGGUUUAUUGCUCAUUUCAUUUCAAAAUACAAAUUUCCACGUUUACUAUUCA